AUGUCGCAUCAGGAGCAACAGGAGCAAGAAAUCGAAGCUCUCGAAGCGAUUUAUUCAGAAGAAGAAAUCCAUGUAGCGUGUCGUGAUUAUCCAGACAUCGAAUUGAGCAUUGAACUCAAAUCGAAUCAGUACGAUGAUCCGACAGACGACGAUUUCGACGUAUCGCUAGGCAUUGAAUUUCCAGAAAAAUACCCGGAUGAGAUUCCAAAAAUCACAUUAUCCGGUAUUGAAGAUGCAUUCACUGAGGAACGAAUCGCCGAGUCAAUUCAAAAACUUCAAUCGGUAGCUGAGGAAAAUCUUGGGAUGGUUAUGGUCUUUGCAAUUGUAUCUGCUCUUCAAGAUGAAAUUGGCGAACUUGUUGAAGUAAAGAAAAAGGCGAAAGAAGAAAUCAAAGAGAUUGAAAAAGAGAAAAAAGAAGCAGAGAGUCGGAAGAAAUUCGAGGGAACGGUCGUAACUCCUGAAUCAUUCCGUGCUUGGAAAGAAAAGUUCGAUGCUGAGCGGAAAGCAGAAAUCGACUUGGCUGAAAAGGAGAGAUUGGCAAAUCUGGCCGGCCGUUUGACGGGUCGACAAUUAUUCCUUCGUGACGCUACACUUAAUUUAUCCGAUGUUACUUUGAUUGGAGCACAGGAUGAAGUGGAAAUCGAUGAGAGUCUCUUCGAUAAUGAGGAACUCGAAGGACUUGAUAUGGAUUCCGACGAGGACGACGAAUAG